UGACGUCAUUGGGAGGCCCGGAAGCGGCUGCACGUGUGUGUCUUUCCGCACUACCCUGCUCCUCGGCCUUGGUGUCACUGAUCAUGGGUCGCUCCCGCCGGACGGGCGCGCACCGAGCACAUUCCUUAGCCCGCCAGAUGAAGGCCAAGAAGCGGCGGCCGGACCUGGAUGAGAUUCACCGCGAGCUGCGGCCGCAGGGCCUCCCGCGGGCCAAACCGGAGCUGGACGCCGAGCCCGACCCGGAUCUGCCAGGGGGCGGCCUGCAUCGCUGUCUGGCCUGCGCGAGGUACUUCAUCGAUUCUGCCAACCUGAAGACCCAUUUCCGAUCCAAAGACCACAAGAAGAGGCUGAAGCAGCUGAGCAUCGAACCCUACAGUCAGGAAGAGGCUGAGCGGGCAGCGGGCAUGGGCUCCUAUGUGCCCCCCCAGCGCCUGGGCGUGCCCACAGAAGUGUCCACUGAGAUCCCUGAGAUGGACACAUCCACCUGAGGGGCCUUUGGAUGCAGGGCAGAGAAACUUCAUGGACAGUGAGUGGUUCAGCGGCUAGACUGAGAGUGUGUACUUUGGGUUUGGGGGAGAUGAUCUCUUCUGGAUGUUCUACCCAAAAUAAAGGACCCGGACAAGAGGGUGUACCUCCGAUUCUAACUUCCCUUCCAGUCCUCCAGAUUACAGCCCUCAAGGGUUUCUGAGCCAAGAUGUCUAUUCCCUACCGGGUCCAGCUUUGGAAGGUACCCCUGCCUGCCUUCUUUGAAUUUGGGCUGGAGUCCAGUUGCAGUGUAAAACUGGGGAAUAGGAUAAGUUUUUUUCUGUGUUUCUGGCGAUGGUGGAGACUGAUCCCAAAGGGGAAAAACGUGGUUUUCUGAGCUUGCAGCCCUCUCCCCUCGGUCACCUACCUCCGAGCCUGGGUGAGAGGCCGCCUGCUUCAUCACGGGGCCUGUGAUGGUUGCCGCUGCUUCACCAUCUUCCACACGGCAUAGCAGGAGCCGCCUAACCCGAGGACAGCCAGCAUCGUAGCCACAAUCCCAACCAGCGGACUCCGGGGCUCCGCCUUCAGCUCCCCAGCCACCUGCAUCUGGGAGAACACAGUUGUUGAACGUGACGUGCCAACUGAGACUUCUAGGAAGGAAGGGGAUAAAAUGGUGCUGCUGGGUGGAGAAGAUACGGACGCCAUUUCUGCCCUAGGGAGAUUCCACCCCAAUCCCUCUCGCCUCACUGCCCAUCUGGGUCUAGGCUAGUCAGGCAGCAGGGAACGUGACAGUCUGGCCGUUGUGACUAUUAGCCCCACCAUGAGACCGGGAGAAAGAGAUUGGUGGUGCAGAGCUAGUAUUUAGAGGUUCUUACCUGUAGCACCCGGAAGUAGCCAGGGGUCAGGCAGCGAAAUCUCAUAGUUGGGGGCACUGGUCUCCCUGUCGGCCUCUGGAGUAGGAGCAGAAAUGAAGAUGAAAUACUGCGCGGGGUAUCCCAAGAGGUGGAAAUCGGGGCAUCGGGGUCCCUGGCCUGUUUUGCCUGGGCACUAUGCGCUCAGGAUGCUCACCACCGCUGGCUCACCCGCGUCUGGCAGGGGGCGGGGCAGCUGGAUCUUUAAAUCUGGUCCCUUCCCCCCUGCCUUGCCAGCCUUAGGAGCAGCUGUCAGGAGAGAUCAGCAUCAGGCCUGAGUAGCAGCUCCUCCCCCAUUCGCCAGAGGCCAGGCCAGGCAUGGAGGCAAAGCCUUGGCUGCCAGUGCCCAGGAAUCCAGGCAACCAGGUUCUGGGUAGGCUUCCUCAGCCCUGGUCUGGGCCGUACCCCUACCUUGGAGAAGUCGAUGCUACCAGUCAGCAUUCAGCAAAAGAAUGACUUGUUAGCCACUUUUCCAUCUGGGUUCUGUAAAUUCAACCACCUAGGAGGGAGGGGUCACUUCACCUUCCCCACAAGAUGGAGUCUCCACAAGCACUUCUCUUGUGUGGGCUUUGAAAGAGAUCUGCUUAUGCAGAUAAAAUUGUCCACAAUGGCCGGGCGGUGGUGGCGCACGCCUGUAAUCCCAGCACUGGGGAGGCAGAGGCAGGCGGAUCUCUGAGUUUGAGGCCAGCCCAAGAGCUAGUACCAGGACAGCUAGGGCUAUUACACAGAGAAACCCUAUCUUGAAAAAACAAAACAAAAAUUGUCCAUAAUGUGUUAAAAUUUUAAUUGUGUCUAUUUGUGUGUGUGUUCUAUACACGUGUGUGGUAGUGUAGACAUGGGGGUCAAAGGACAACUUAAGGGGCUCUUUCCUUUCCACAUGUGGGCCCUGGGAGUCCAGUCAGCUCAUCAGGCUCGGCAGCAAACGCCUUUACCCACAGAGCUUUUCUGAC